UCAUCCGAUAAGACACUACUGAUCACCGGUAGCUCUGACUCAUCAAUAAUCAUAUGGAAUGACGUGACAGCAGAGGAACGGGAGGCCACGGCUGUGAAGGACGAGAAUCAGAUGAUUAGUGAACAAAAUUUAUUGAAUUUCCUGCAGAAGAAGAAGUGGUCGAAUGCACUGAAACUGUCCAUAAGACUGGACCAGCCGUUCCGUACGUUGACUAUAAUGAAAGAGAUACUACUGGAACCCAACGGCGCCCAUGAGAUCAAUGAGAUUCUGUUGCGCCUAAGAGAGGAUCAGUUGCUGUCACUACUGGACUACUCUAUCGUAUGGAACACUAAUAGCAAGCAUUACAUCUGCGCUCAAUGUGUCCUCAAAGCCAUUGUCCACAAAAUACCCCCAAAAGAGUUGCUUAAAACUCCGGAAUUGAAGGCAAAGCUCGAGAAACUGAUGCCAUAUAAUGACAGACAUAUGAGUCGAUUGAAUCGAUUGCAACAAUCUGUGACUUUUGUGGACUAUGUUUGGGAGACAAUUAAAUUGCCGGAUAUGAGCGCCAUUUCCGGUAAAGUGAAUGCUAUGACCAUCGGUGGUGACGAUGAGGAAGAGUUCAGUGAUAAUAAAGUGAUUGCUUUGACCGAUGAUUCUGACGAAGAGAUUUGUAGCGAAACCUAA